AUGUGCAAUUACUUCAAAAAUUACUACAUCUAUAGCACCUGCACUCAGCCAGAUUCCCAUUUCCUACGCACAUCUUUGGACGGGAGCAAAGAAAAUCGCUGUCCGAGUGGACCUCAUGACAGAUUUAUAAUUGUCGUUGGGAAAUGCCACCUCUGCGCUCGUUAA